AUGAGUCGUCCUCUUUUUCUUCGAAUUGCAAAUGAGGUUGAACAACACGAUCCAUAUUUCAUCCAAACAACAGAUGCCAUUGGAGUUCUUGGUUUGUCAUCCAUUCAGAAGAUAAUAGCUGCUUACAAAAUUCUUGCUUACGGAAUACCGACAGAUUAUGUGGAUGAAUACAUCAGAAUUGGAGAAAGCACUGCCAUACUUAGUCUAAGAAGGUUUGUGAAAGCUGUUGUUGCAGUGUUUGGGGACCAUUACCUGAGGCCACCAAACACUAGCGAUAUUACUCGAUUGCUACAGAUAGGGGAACAACGUGACUUUCCCAGAAUGUUAGGGAGUAUUGAUUGCAUGCAUUGGAAGUGGAAAAAUUGUUCGACCGCAUGGCAAGCAAAUGGUCAUGCUCCUCUAGUAAACUAUACAAUUAAUGGCCAUGAGUAUACAAUGGGAUAUUAUCUAGCUGAUGGUAUUUAUCCAAACUAG